AUGAAUCCAGAACUUGAGAUCAUAAAAGCAGUCCUUAUGAAAAGCUAUGAUGGAUUACCAUAUCACCUCAAGGCUUGUUUCUUGUAUCUGGCAAUCUUUCCUGAAGACUACAUUAUUGCACGAAGACGCUUAGUGCGGCGGUGGAUUGCAGAGGGUUACUCAAGUGAGGUGCGUGGCAAGUCUCUGGAGGAAUUAUUGGACUCUUACUUCAUGGAACUUAUAGGCAGGAGCAUGAUUCUGCCAUCUCAACGGUCAAUUCAUAGUAGGAAAGGAAUUGACUCCUGCCAUAUCCAUGAUCUCAUUCGUGAAAUUGCCAUCUCAAAGGCUAUGGAGGAAAAUCUUGUUUUCACGUUGGAGGAAGGUUGCAGCUUGAAUAACCAAGGUACAGUGCGUCAUCUUGCUGUAAGCAGCAACUGGAAGGGCGAUCAGUGUGAGUUUGAGAAUAUAGUAGAUUUAUCCAGAGUACGAUCGUUGACAGUGUUCGGAAAUUGGAGGCCAUUUUACAUUUCUGAUAAGAUGAGGUUGUUACGGGUGCUGGAUUUGGAAGGCCAGUGGGAUCUGCUUGAUCAUCAUCUUGAGCAUAUUGGGAAGCUUGUACACCUUAGAUAUCUUUCUAUGAGGGGACAUAGUGAUAUAUUUCACCUGCCAAAUUCAUUGGGGAACCUGAGACAACUUCAUACACUAGAUAUUUCAGGUACAAGCAUAAUAAAGCUACCAAGGACCAUCACCAAGCUUGCGAAGAUGCAACACAUUCUUGCUAGCCUCAUAGGAUUGAGAAAGAGCCAUAUAUUUGAAGAUGCAGAUGAGCAGUUGCUAACAACUUUACCUGCAUAUUCAGCAUACUGUUGUGUGGCGUGUUGUGCACCUAAUCAUCUGGCAAGGAAUCUUGUACUUAAGGAUGAAGCACAACUUAACAGGCGUGAUGUAUGCACUGCGUUCUGUUGCAGCAUAUUACCUUAUUAUGCGGCAGGAGGACGAAAUCCAGGUGGUGUUGAAGUGCCUAGAGGGAUUUGGAAGCUGAAAGCCCUGCACACACUGCGUACCGUGGAUGUCUCAGUGGGGAAGGCUGUUCUACAAGAUAUAAAAAUGCUCACCCGGUUGCACAAGUUAGGAGUGACAGGCAUAAACAAGAGAAACAGUCAAGAGUUAUGUUCAGCAAUUGGUCGUCUCAGCAGCCUGGAGUCAUUGUCACUGCACUCCCACGGAUGGAGUACAGGUUUAUCAGCCUGCUUGGAUGGUCUGUCCUCACCUCCAGCAAACCUGCAGAGCCUCAAGUUGAGAGGCAAGCUGGUUGAGCUGCCGGCGUGGAUCCAGGGCCUCAAAAAUCUCGUGAAGCUGAAGCUAGUAAAGUCGAGGAUAUCGGAGCAUGAUGCGGCCAUACAAGUCCUUGGGAAUCUACCAAACCUGGCCACCCUACGUCUAUUGGGUUACUCGUUCAUUGGUGAAGAGGUUCGUUUCAGUUUCUGUCGGGAGGCAUUCCCGAGUCUUAAGGUGCUGGAGUUGAAUUGCGUAUGGAAGCUCAAGUCAGUGGGAUUUGAAGAAGGAGCAGCCCCUAAGCUUGAGUUGCUGCAGUAUUCUAAACUGAUCGGUGACAGUGUUUGGUUUUUCUGUGGGUUACCAUGUCUACGAAGUCUCAAGGAAUUUACGCUGGAUAAGAGGGACUGGGGUGUUACCGGGUUGGUGGAUUACUUGCGUAGCCAGCUCGCAGAGAAUGAAAACCGGCCCGUUUUGAAGAGGUGGGAUCUGUAA